AUGUUGACAAGGCCUCUGCAUACCGGCUUCCAAGAAUGGGCACAAGUCUUGUGUGCGAAGAUGAGGCUGGUAGGUCCUUACCAUCCUGCACCUGCCACCGAGACUACUGUCGUGAUCAAGAUAUUCCAAGAAAGCAUCUUCCCUCCCGCCGAGUAUUUCGACGACAAGGGCAUUGACGGCGGCUUGUGGCUCACUGGCGCUCGGAUGGCAAAAGCUGAGGCCCUCGCGUUUUAA